AUGCAACAAAGCUGGGUUGAACAAAUUGAUCCCCAUGAUUCCCAUUUCCUGGCGAUCGCCAUCGCGGAGCAGCAGCUGAUGAAUGCUGAAUUUGAUGACUGCAUGACCUCAAAUUCAAGUGGCGCCACAUGCUGCCGGUCUAUUGCUCUAAUUCUGAUGGUCCUUUUGCUCAUCCGCCAUGUAAUCGUGAUCGUGCGAGAUGUCAACAUGCUACAAGAUGCGACGGUGCUGUUCAGCGCGAUUCUUCAGUUCGCGGGGUUCUUUCUUCCGUGUUACGUCAUAGCGCGCUCCUGCUGUGCUUUUCAACACCGGAGGCGAAGACAGGUGUUGCGGUACGGAUGGGCAGGGCUGAUGAGGAAGUACGUGGUGGAGCGUGCGCACAUGUGGUGGCCGGUGAGCCUGGUGCAGGUUUCUCUCAUGAGGAGGCGAAGACAGUCUUUGAGCGACGGGGCGGAGGCCGCGGUCGGCGCGGACGGCGUGGUGGCGGCCGGGGAGGAAGUCCUGCCGGAGAUGGAGGGGGAGAGGUGA